AUGCGCCAUGAGAGAAUCAAAUCAGAUGGCACAAGAGAAUCAAAUCGAAGGGCACACAUAGCCCGGACAGUGACCAUAUGGUGGGGACUCAGGAGCAUCUUCUUCUCUUCCCUGGUGGUUCUGCUCGUCGGCAACAUCAUCUUCGCUGCGGUAUACCCCACGCGCAACGACGAGAAGCUGCCAUUGGUCUUGAUGGGGAGAGAUAGAGAGUCGCUCUUCUCGAACCCGGCCGGCAUGGCACCGUCGUCCGUGACGCUGUGCGACGUGUUCUCGGGAAGGUGGGUCUUCGACAACGCGUCCCGCCCCCUGUACAAGGAGGGAGAGUGCAAGCACAGGUUGAACCAACUGGCUUGCGGAAAAUUCGGGCGGAAGGACUUGAAGUACCAGCAAUGGAGGUGGCAACCCCAUGGUUGUGACCUUCCUAGGUUCAAUGCUACGGCGCUGCUAGAGAGGCUGAGGAACAGGAGAUUGAUGUUCGUGGGGGACUCUCUCAACAGAAGUCAAUGGGUUUCUCUCCUUUGCAUGGUGCAGUCGUCGAUCCCUAAGAAGCGAAGAUCCGUCCAGCACAGCCGCCCUUUGAUCGUCUUCAAUGCCCAUGACUAUAAUGCGACAAUUGAAUUCUAUUGGGCACCAUUGCUGGUGGAAUCCAACUGUGACGAUCCGGUGAACCAUCGGAUAGACGAUCGUAUUGUUCGAGUUCGGGACAUUGGAAAGCAUGCAAGAUAUUGGUCCGACGUGGACAUCCUAGUCUUCGAUUCCUAUCUUUGGUGGAGGCAAGGACCCAAGAUCAAAGUUUCAUGGGGAUCAGCUGCAAGUCCUGACAGAAAAUAUGAGAUGGUGAAAAUGACUCGAGCAUACAAGAUCGCUUUAAACACUUGGUCAGAUUCGAUCAAAGUUCAUAGAAACAGAUCGAAGACCCAGGUGUUUUUCAUGGGCUUGUCUCCAACUCAUGAAAGGGCCAAGGAUUGGGGUGGGAUCGCAGGUCACAACUGCUACGAAGAAACAGAACCGAUCACCAAAGAAGGUUAUAGGGGAAGCGGGUCGGAUCGCAGGAUGAUGCAGAUGCUCCAGAAGGCCAUCAACAAGCUCCAGAAAAGAGGCCUCAAUGUUCACGUGCUCAACAUCACGCAGCUCUCGGAGUAUCGCAAGGACGCGCACUCGUCCAUCCACAAAAAGCAAUCCAGAAACCUCACUAGUUAUCAAAUUGCAAACCCCUUCACCUACGCAGAUUGCUUCCAUUGGUGCCUUCCCGGACUGCCGGAUGUGUGGAACGAGCUCUUGUAUGCCUACAUUUUACAUAAUUAGACUCCUAAACAUAGAAAAUAGAUAAAUUAUCUAACAGAUCAUGAAACUAUAGUGAAUAUGCUCCCAAUUGACGUUACUCGAUGCAGUUGGUUGGCUCCAGUAGGCUGUGUCCAUGCUAUUCUAUCCUCGUCACACAUUAUAUAAUCAAGCAAUGUUGUUUCAAAUCAGAAAAUUAAUUCGCUUACAUGUUUGUCAAGUCCGAAAUGAAUGAAUCAAUGGGGUUUGCGUU